AUGACUCUCUCUGCCGGGCGCGGCCGUUGGCUGGGCCUCCUCUUCCUCUCGCUUUACGCGUCCACCAGCUCGGCCGACAGUAUCCUUCCCUCGUCGGCCUCUUCCUCAUUCCCCGAAUGUGGUCUCUCCUGUACGGCCCUGACUCAGGCUCAGAGUAGCUGCGAGUCAGCCGCCGAAUCGACCUGGGUCUCCUGUUUCUGCCAGUCUUCUCUCCUCACCGGUCUCAAGACUUCCGGCAGUCUAUGCUCCUCGUGUACCUCGUCCUCCGAUCAGUCUCUGCUUUCGACCUGGUAUAACAACUAUUGCAACUCUGGUGGCACGGAUACGGGCAGUUCGACCAGCAGUACCACCAGCGCCGGCACUGCCACGGCUACUAAUUCGGCUUCAACGGCCAGCACAACGGCCGGGAAAAGCACGAGCAACACUUCGGCCGCGGAUGAAAAUAAGUCUUGGUGGAGCACCCAUUACCAAUGGGUGAUCAUGCUGAUCGUUCUCGCGAUCGGCUUUGGUGCCAUCGCUGCCGGUGGUGUCUGGCUCAAGCGCCGCUACGACGCGAAACGACCUGGCCUGUAUCACGGUGGAAGUGCAGCGGGCAGUUCGGGCGUCCUGAGUGGAAAUCCCGUCUCCAAUUCUAAUUCGGGAGUCUUGAGUCCCCCUCCGCCGGCUUGGGCGUCGUCCCCGGGGCCUAAUCAAUCGCAGUCUCUGGCGAGUAGCUCGCGGACGGAUAUUGCUGCUACUCGUGGGAAUGCACCUACGCCUGGUAGUCGCACCCGUCUACCUAAGCAAGGGCAGACGGAAGGGGAUGUCGAGAUUCGACAGGUCUCUCUGCGGCAAUAA